GCGCCGCUCAACCAACCUGGACGUCGCGUGCGCAGCCCGACUUCCGCCUGACUCGACGACACGUCAACAAGAAGCGGGCAGAAGCCAUCCUCAUAAACACCAAUCCUCGCUGCUGACCGUCGGCGCGGCGAAUCGCGGUACCUGUACGGCUUUUAUCCUUCGCGGCUGGACCUUGCGGCGCUCUGCCUCGCCCUGUUCCCACCCCCACCCCCCGAUCGGCAGCGAAUCAAUUGAGUGCCUCGUCAAUCAAUCGCCGCUAAUCAGAACCAUAACCAAACCCCAACCCAUCCCCAACCCUCCCCCUCCAUCCACGGGAACCGACAAAAUGAGCGGAUACCCCGGCCAAGGCUACCAAGGUCAAGGCUACGGCCAAGGCUACCCGGGACACCAAGGCUAUCCGCCCCAGGGAGGCUAUCAACAGCCCCCUCCCCCGCCUCAGGGCUAUGGCUACCCUCCCCAGCAGCCGCAGUAUGGCGGCUACCAAUACCCCCCUCAGGGCCAGUAUCCUCCCCAGGGCCAGUAUCCGCCUCAGGGCCAGUACCCGCCCCAGGGACACUACCCUCCUGCCCAGCCUGGAAUGCGCUCGGGCCCCGAAGUCUACCAUGGCCAGAUGCCGCCCCAGGGCAUGCAGCAGUUCGGCCAUGGUGCGCCUUCCGACUACGCAUUCCAGUACUCGCAGUGUACCGGCAAGCGCAAGGCCCUGCUGAUUGGUAUCAACUACUUUGGUCAGAAGGGCGAGCUGCGUGGCUGCAUCAACGACGUUCGCAACCUUUCCAACUUCUUGCAGGAGUUCUAUGGCUACCGCCAAGAGGAUAUGGUCCAACUCACCGACGACUCGACGAACCCCCAGUCAAUGCCCACUAGGGAGAACAUGCUUCGCGCCAUGCACUGGCUUGUAGCUGGCGCACAGCCAAACGACUCGUUGUUUUUCCACUACUCUGGCCACGGCUCGCAGGCCAAGGACCUUGACGGCGACGAGGACGAUGGCUUCGACGAGACCAUCAUCCCUAUGGAUUACGAGCAGGCUGGCCAUAUCGUCGAUGACGAAAUGCAUGAAAUUAUGGUCAAGUCUCUGCCCGCCGGCUGUCGCCUGACUGCCAUCUUUGACUCGUGCCAUUCGGGCACCGCCCUGGAUCUCCCUUACGUCUACUCGACACAGGGUGUCCUCAAGGAGCCCAACCUGGCCAAGGAGGCUGGCGUCGGUCUUUUGGGCGCUGUCACCUCGUAUGCCCGCGGCGACAUGGGCGGCGUGGCCAGCAGUCUGAUGGGGUUUGCUAAGAGCGCCUUCACCGACAAGAAGGCCCGCGAGACGACUAUGCGCACCAAGACGUCACCAGCCGAUGUCAUCAGCUGGUCCGGCAGCAAGGACGACCAGACCUCUGCCGACGCGACCAUCGCCAGCCAGGCCACUGGUGCCAUGUCUCAUGCAUUCGUGACUUCCCUCCGGGCCAACAGGAACGUGACAUACCUCCAGCUCCUGAACAACGUCCGAGACAUCUUGCGGGACGAGUACUCCCAGAAGCCCCAGCUGUCCUGCUCGCACCCGCUGGAUACUGAGAACGUCCCUUUUGUCAUGUAGCCCGUACUAGGACGAACUGCCAGGUUAUGGCAGAAUAGACAGUCUCGCAGGCAUCAUCUGGAUAGGCAUGGUACAACCGACCGCUGUUAUACCACACGAAUCUGGGCUUUUGCUAUUGCCGCUUUUCCAUCUCAAAGCUCCGGUGCCAGUGGAGCCCUGCUUCUGCUGCUCCCGGAGCUGCUCCCUGAGCUGCUCCUGGAACAGUUGACUCACCCUGCGUCCCCUGCAACCCUCGCAAGUACUUCAGUACCGGCAGGAGAAAACCAAAUAGCUCUCGGCCACAUCGAGGCAAAAAAUGACUCUUGAUUUAUGGACCAUAUGGAAAUUGUAUUGACGCACGGGCCUUAUGAAUUCCUUAUAUAUAUGUUGUCACAAAGUAACCAGUAUAUACUGUCGUAAGGAAGCCU